CGCAGGCCAUUUGACCUCAUCCCUGGAGUAGGAGUAGGAGGGAAGCGGAACCGGGAUUCGUGGGAUUGGCCGCUCCGGCAGCGGGAAGGGAGGUAGAGAAGACGGAGCAACGAGGGAGUGGGAGGCAGGGAGUCGGAGCGGAGCCGUUGAGGCAGAGGAAGGACUCGAUGAAAGAUGACAGAAGAAGUUAUUGUUAUUGCAAAAUGGGAUUACACAGCACAGCAGGAUCAAGAACUUGACAUCAAGAAAAAUGAGCGAUUAUGGCUGCUGGAUGAUUCUAAAACUUGGUGGAGAGUGAGAAAUACAUCAAACAAAACUGGUUAUGUUCCAUCAAACUAUGUAGAAAGAAAGAACAGCUUAAAAAAGGGGUCACUGGUGAAGAACAUUAAAGAUACAUUAGGUUUGGGUAAAGCAAGAAGGAAGACGAGUGCAAGAGAUGCUUCCCCUACACCAAGCACAGAUGCAGAGUUUUCAACAAAUGGUGGAAGUUCGGACCGUAUAUAUGAUUUGAAUAUACCAGCGUAUGUCAAAUUUGCUUAUGUGCCGGAGAGAGAUGAUGAGUUAUCGCUUGUGAAGGGAUCACGUGUUACUGUUAUGGAAAAAUGUAGCGAUGGCUGGUGGAGAGGUGGCUACAAUGGACAAGUUGGUUGGUUUCCAUCUAAUUAUGUUGUAGAAGAAGUUGACGAGGCCACUGCUGAUUCACCCAGUUUUUUCUCAUCUAGACUGGGAGCAGCAAUGAGUAAUGGGCAAACCACAAAAGUACUUCAUGUGGUACAGACUCUUUACCCAUUCAGCUCUGUCACAGAGGAAGAACUAAAUUUUGAAAAGGGUGAGAUUAUGGAUGUCAUUGAGAAACCAGAGAACGAUCCAGAAUGGUGGAAGUGUCAAAAUUCUAAAGGACAAAUUGGUCUUGUUCCCAAAAACUAUGUAGUUAUCUUAAAUGAUGGACCUCCUAUGGGCAGCUCACAUGCUUCUCAGAUUAGCUAUACUGGCCCAUCUUCAACAGGAAAGUUCGCUGGAAAGGAAUGGUACUAUGGUAAUGUCACACGGCAUCAGGCUGAAAUGGUUCUAAAUGAGAAGGGAAUUGAUGGCGACUUUCUUGUUAGAGAUAGUGAGUCAUCGCCAAGUGACCUGUCAAUAUCAUUAAAAGCAUCAGGAAAAAACAAACAUUUCAAGGUCCAGCUAGUAAAUGGAGUGUAUUGUAUUGGGCAACGUCGAUUUAACACAAUGGAUGAAUUGGUAGAACACUACAAAAAGGCACCUAUCUUCACAAGUGAACAUGGAGACAAGUUGUAUCUAAUCAAACCCCUGCAGUGAUAAAGGCUACAGACCUGGUGGUGACCAGGUUUAGCAAAGUCUUAGGUCUGAACAAUUAUAAAGAAUAAAGAUGUUAAGAGAUUCUGAUACUUUGUUCUCUAUGGAUUUGCCUCUUUGAGUGUCAUUAAUUAUAUUUUUCUUUUGUAUUUUAUAUAUUUUCCCUGUUCAUUUGCCUGCUUGUCUUUAAUUCUAUUAAACAUGUUGCCUUCCAAAGGUUAUGUUGAACCUCUUCACUUUCUUAGUGUUCACUUUUGUACUCGCUUGGUCUAGAUUUUCCCAAAUGUACACUUAAUUAGCUAGAAAAUGGAUGAUUAGAAGAUGCUGUCCUUGAAACUGCAGUGUUAAUUAAUCCAAUUAAAACAUUCACUAAUUAUAUUCUUUUUGAGAAAACUAUCGGGCACAGUUUAAAUGCACUGAAGCUACAGCUAAUUAAGAGAAAAUAGAUAUAACAAAUGUGGCACCAAGUACUAUACUUUUUGCUUAUGAAGUAGUUACUGAGAUUUCCUAGAAUCUAGAAGUGCUUUACACUGUACUCUAUAUAAUUUUAAUUUCACAUAAAGAUUAUAUCAAUAGAAUUGUCAACACUUAACUUGCUAGACUACAAAGGAAAAUUGUAGAAAUAAGUGUAACAAAUUUUGAUCUGUAAUUUGCAUUUAGUGGAAAGUACAGGCUUAGGAUUAAUGGAAAUCAGGUGUCUGUAAUGUCAGAAUCUGAAGGGCAAUGUUAUCUGUGCUUUCAGCUGUGCCACUCACUCUCAUUAUGCUUGUUUCCAGUAAAUAAUACGUAUUUAAUUGUCACCAUAAUAUGUAGCAGGUUGUUGACACUAAUAAGUGAGAUUAAUAAAACUGAUCAUUUUGGGGGUUACUAGCAUGAGAUGUGUAGUUUGUGAUUUUUUUUACACUUUACACAUUUUAGUUCUGUUUAACAUAUCAUUUUAGAAGCAUAGUUUUAGUACUAUAGUUGUGUAGUCAGCCCAAAAUGAACUUUAAAAUUAUUGCAUAUCAUCCCCUUAAGCAUUUGUCACAUUUUUCUAUGACACAAUAUGUUUUUAUUUAUGCUAAACAAAGUUAUUCAUAGUUUCUCUUGGAGAAAUCUACUUUUGUAUUUUUCAGUUUAUGAAAAUGUGUCUAAAUGAAAACAAUGAUUUCAAGUUAUCACUGACAAAAAUUAAGUAAAAAAAAGUAAUAACACUAAUUAGUCUAGUAUGCUAAAUAGUUUAGAAAGUGUUUUCCAAUGUAUUCCCAUUUGUAAAGGGGUGUCAAUUACAUAUUACAAAAUUAACAUUAGACUGGACCAAAUUCUAGAACAACUUAGACAAAAUGUUUUUAGCUACCUUCAUUCCAGUUUCACUGAACACUUUCUGUAACUUUAUCAUGCAAUCAUUGUUUUGCAUACAGACAAAACCUUGCAAGUUGCUGUUGCACAUGGUUUUGGCCAUUAUUUUCUUUGUAUUGAAUGUUCAUUUUUUUGGGGAGAAGAAUUCACUCUUCAGUCCCUGACAAUUUACAUGUGCAGCUUAAUAAUAUCUUUUUUUUUCAGGUCUGGCUGUCCUGUCUUGGAAAGUUGGUUGAUUUGUUUCUUUGUGUAAAUGUGUGUUCUUAGUUUAGGAUUAAAUAUAAAUGAAGUGAUGCCACAUGUAAACAUAAAUGAAUUGUUUCUUGAACAAUAAUUUUUCCCAUCAGCAUGAGAUACAGAAAUAUUUGCAAUUGUACAUAAAAUUUUGUCACAUUUUGAAUAUAUUUUCUAUCAUUUACAUGAAUUAUUAAUUAAAAAUGAGUUAUAAAAACUAUUUCACAGAACCAUUCAGCUUACUGACCAGCACCCUACACUAGUU